GGGAGCCCCGGUGCCAAGAGACGUGGCGUGGGAGUGUGGAGAGAUGCUGGUCGUGGCGGCCGGAAUGACCAACAGCAACAUGGCCAAUGCCCUGGCCAGUGCUACUUGUGAGCACUGCAAGGGGGGCUUUGCACCAGCGGAGAAGAUUGUGAACAGUAACAGCGAGCUAUACCAUGAGCAGUGCUUUGUGUGUGCUCAGUGCUUCCAGCAGUUUCCAGAAGGACUCUUCUAUGAGUUUGAAGGAAGGAAGUACUGCGAACAUGACUUUCAGAUGCUCUUUGCUCCUUGCUGCCAUCAAUGUGGUGAAUUCAUCAUUGGUCGGGUUAUCAAAGCCAUGAACAACAGCUGGCAUCCUGAAUGCUUCUGUUGCGACCUCUGCCAAGAAGUACUGGCAGGCAUCGGCUUUGUCAAGAAUGCUGGCAGACACCUGUGUCACCGUCAUAAUCGUGAGAAAGCCAGGGGCCUUCAGAAAUACAUCUGCCAGAAAUGCCAUGCGAUCAUUGAGGAGCAGCCUCUCAUCUUCAAGAACGACCCCUACCACCCAGACCACUUCAACUGUGCCAACUGCGGAAAGGAGCUGACGGCUGAUGCCCGAGAGCUGAAAGGGGAGUUGUACUGCUUGCCAUGCCGAGAUAAGAUGGGAGUUCCCAUCUGUGAAGCCUGCCGACGCCCCAUUGAAGGACGCGUGGUAAAUGCCAUGGGUAAGCAGUGGCAUGUCGAGCAUUUUGUUUGUGCUAAGUGUGAACAACCAUUUCUUGGACAUCGCCAUUAUGAGAGGAAGGGCCUGGCUUAUUGUGAAACCAACUACAACCAGCUAUUUGGGGAUGUUUGUUUCCACUGUAACCAUGUCAUAGAAGGUGAUGUUGUCUCUGUCCUCAACAAGGCCUGGUGUGUGAGCUGCUUUGCUUGUUCCACCUGCAACACCAAACUAACACUUAAGAAUAAAUUUGUGGAGUUUGACAUGAAGCCAGUCUGUAAGAAGUGCUAUGAGAAAUUUCCAUUGGAGCUGAAGAAAGGACUUAAGAAACUAGCUGAAACCUUAGGAAGGAAAUAAUGUUACUUUUAUUUCAGUUCUAUGAAAAGAUAAUAGUAACCAAUAUUACUUGACUUGAUCCACCAGUAUUUAAAGCUGUAUCUCAAAGUGAUUGAGAGGGAAGAAUGGUUUUCUUCAUCUUAUUAAACAGAAAAAAUGUAUAAUCAUAUUUAAAACAUAGAUGAAAUCAAGACUUGCCUUUGUUUACCAAUAUCAGUCUAGACUAUAUAGAAAAAAAGUAAGAUUAAGUGUUGAAUUUUAAUUUCACCCCUAAAAUUAAGUACAUAGCUUUUCAGAAUUA